AUGCAUCCCUUAGCCUUAUUUGGGCGCGGGGCAGCUUUCGCCUUGGUCAGCAAGGCAUUAGCUGCUCCUGGUCAAAAUGCCUGUUCCGGAGACGGAAGUCAGGUCGUCGUUGAGCUGCAGCCUUACGAGAUUAUUUGCUCUGGGUCCACCUCGGCCACGACGGCUACCCGUACCUACACCAAGUACCCGGGGCAAACUGCGGGUCCAGGCGAACCAGGGCAACCCGGUGUACCAGGUAAUGGCAAACCUGGUUCACCUGGUAGCCCUGGUUCCCCUGGCCCCACAGCGGAUUCUCCUCCAUGCGUUGGUUGUGUAACCAUCACCUCGACUGCGACCAUUCCCUUUGUUACGACUCUUCCUCCAGCCGCAGGUGGUGGUCCUUCAACUGUCAUCAUCGGUGUCACCCCUGUCUGCACUGACUGUGUCACGGUUACCGCCACUGGUCCCAUCCCAUAUGUCACCACGUUACCCCCUCAGCAGCCUGGCGACAAGACCACGGUAAUUACUUGUGCUGGUUCUCCUGUUUGUCACGACUGCGUUAGCAUUACGACUACAGGAUUUUACCCUUACGUCACUACUCAGCCACCCUCUCAACCUGGGGGCAAGACGACAGUAAUCUCCUGCCCCGGCUCUCCGGUCUGCGACUGCGCCACUGUUACGACAGUUGGGCCUUUCCCUUAUGUCACCACUGUCCCGCCAAGAAACGGCGGUAAGCCAACGGUCAUCGUCUGCCCCGGCCCUAAGACUGUCACUAUUACUGGAACCUCGGUGGAAACGGCCACGUUGCUGCCUCCACCCAAUUGCAAGGUCAAUUCCAGGAACUACAACACACUCUCCACCUCCAGGUUGUACCCAUUGUACCGCCACGGUGGUAGUGACAACAGUUCUUGGUAA